CAGCACAAGCCCAUCUCUCCCUUUCUUACUGUACUGUGCAAUGCUGAAGGCCACGUCUCCACUGUGGGGAUGCAGGGCUCUCCUGCAGCCUGACCCAGCGCACCCAGUAGGUCCUUGUCUGUCAGCAGGACAUUGAGCCCAGGUAGGGAUUUCCCAAACUCUGCUUCGAUCCCCUCUGGCUAAUUCCUUCUUGGAAGGAGUUGGCUGUUAUCGUCCCUUGAAGUUUGUCUUGUUCACUGAACUUCUGCAGUGAAGUGUCUGUAAUGCCACCUAGGGCGGAUGUUUGCUGUUCACCUAACAGAAACCUUCCUGGAAAUGUUCUUCUUUUGUGCUAUUUGACUGCUCAUUUUGGAAGAUCUUCAGUAAUUUGCACAGUUGAUAGCAGGAGUUUGUGUUUCUUACCUACAGAACAAGAUUUCUUACCUACAGAACAGUUCAGAGUUGUCACUCUGAUUUGGGCAGAUGAAAAAUGACCCCAAUCCCGUUUCCUGCAAUGUCUUUGUCAUGCAGCCAGCAGUAUUUGCUAUGACUGUUUUUCUCCCUGUGCCAACACAAACACCCAGAUCCCUUCAUUUUUUUCUUCUUAUUAGAUCUCUAGAAAGCUGAUCUGCCUUUUAUUUUGGGCAAGAAAAGCCCUAAACAUUAAAUGCCAAUGUGAAACACAGCUGACGUGACAGAAACCUCUGCUCCUGCUGCACCAGCACAGGUGAUGCAUCUGUAUUUCCCUAGGAGCUGACAGAGUGAAGGACGUCUCCCUGUCACAUUGGGGACCUCCAAAGCCUCUGGACCCAGGUGAGGCAUUAACAGAAUGUGGAUACUUUGUAUGUUCCCAACUGCACUAUAGGGGAGCCCUGCAUCUUCUUGGACUUGCCCUCUUCUCACCUGUAAGACCAGCCAGCACAAGCUGCAGAGGUGGCAGAAGGACGUGAACAGCACGCCUCGAACUGCAGCUAACGUCUCCCUCUGGGUGUGAUUUCUCCUGUACACACCAACGUGCUGACACCGGAGCCAGGAGGAGGAGAAAUGUAAACCCAAAAGGGCUGACUGAGCGCCGGGGUGAGCUUUGAAACAGAGGCCAUCUGUGAGACCAGGGAUAUCGUGCUGGGAGCUUGACUUACACACCUUCUGCUAUUGCAAGAGAUUGUCCUUGGCUGGAGAAAUACAGAACAGCUUUGUUCUGGGGAGAUGUGUGGGCUGGCCGUCCUGGGAGAGCCUCGCUGGACUCCGACACUGCUAAUACCGAUAGCUGAGGAUGGGAUUGAGAGCAAGAAAGAGGAGACUCCCCACUGGGGCAUUCCUGGGCCAGCAAAGCCUGAGGGUUUAGUGUCAGCACUACCCAAGGAGAAGAGUUCUUACAGUCCUGAACAGGACUCGGUUCACCUACACAGGUCAGAAAGGGCUCAGAAACCUCCCCUGGGGAAGAGGCACAGCCGGGUGAUGGUACGUGGAAAGAGCUUCAGGAGGCUGCCAGAUAUCAUCCAGCAGAGAAAUCCUGCUGCGGCGAGACUGACAAUAUGUGGGGACUGCGGGAAGAGCUUCCGGGUGAGCUCCAACCUCAUCCAGCAUCGGAGAAUCCACACUGGAGAGAAACCCUUUGCCUGCACCGACUGCGGGGAGAGCUUCAGGCAGCGGUCACACCUCAUCCAGCACCAGAGGACCCACACUGGGGAGCGGCCCUACGCCUGUGCCGAGUGUGGGAAGAGCUUCAGCAUGAGCUCCAAACUGAUCCGCCACCAGGUAACCCACACGGGGGAGAAGCCCUACAAAUGCACAGAGUGUGGGAAAUGCUUCUCUGGGAACUCCCAGCUUGUCCAGCACCAACGGGUGCACACUGGGGAGAAACCCUAUGAGUGCAGCGACUGCGGGAAGAGCUUCAGCGUGAGCUCAGCCCUCACACGGCACCAGCGGGUCCACACCGGGGAGAAACCCUACAAGUGUGUGGAGUGCGGGAAGAGCUUCAGCCAGAGCUCCGAGCUCAUGAAGCACCAGCGGGUCCACAGCGGGGAGAAACCCUACGAGUGCUCCGAGUGCGGGAAGAGCUUCACGGUGAGUUCUGCCCUUAUCCAGCACCGGCGGUUCCACCUGGGCGAGCGCCCUUACGGCUGCACCGAGUGCGGGAAGAGCUUCACGGUGAGCUCCCACCUCAUCCAGCACCGCCGCUUCCACACCGGGGAGCGGCCCUUCGAGUGCGCCGAGUGCGGGAAGAGCUUCUUGUGGAGGUCGGCCCUGCUCCGUCACCGCAGGGUCCACACCGGGGAGAGGCCCUACGCCUGCUCCGACUGCGGGGACAGCUUUCGGCAGAGCGCCCACCUCAUCCAGCACCGCCGCAUCCACAGCGGGGAGCGGCCCUACAGCUGUGCUGACUGCGGGAAGGGCUUCACCGUCAGCUCCGCGCUGCUCCGGCACCGGCAGAUCCACCGGGGAGGGGAGCCCUAGGAGGACCGAGGGCAUGCGGUGGUUUGGCCCGAUGCUCGCUGCCAUCCCUGGGAGCAGAGCUCAGCGUCUCUCUCUCCUUGCACUAUUGAGUGUGCUGCUUGUCGGGGGUGAAAGCUAUUUCUUUUUAAGAGAACAAAUCCUGAAAGGUAGGGAUGGAGGAAGGUUGCAAAGAGCUGAGCUGGAGGUGGGGAAAGGAGGUGGGAUAGCUCUUGGCAGAGGAGGAAGUCAUUUGAGAAGGGCAGAAUAUCAUCAGCGGGGUGUUUUAGAGGAAGGGAAAUACGCUGCCUCUCCUCUCCUUGGAGAGCUGACAGAGGGAGGGAUCUCAGAGCCUGUAAAGCUCUGAUUUGGGUAAAGAAAAGCUGCUUUCUUCCGUGGUUCUGAUCGACGUUCUCCAGAUUGAGGGCUGUGCCCGCAGCAUGGAGAAGCCCAAAGCCCCGUGCCGCUGCCACCCAUGGCUGUCUGACGGUGUGCCGGGUCACAGAGCAGUCGGUCUGAGGUGUCCGUCUGUCCGUCCGUAGCCUGCGGCUGCGUUGGGGCUCCUUUUGGGGCUGCCCCCUCGCCGGGCUGUGGGCGGAGCAGCCGCACGGCGCUCCCUGACGGCAUCCCGGACUUUCAGCUUUGAAGAUGUGACAGUUGAGCGCUCUUUCCGAAUGUGAAUAAGCAUUAAAUCGUACGUUAAUGAGGUUUAAUUAUUUCUAAAACUUGUAAAUAAAACCCUUCACUAAAAAGCAUUUUCACCGUGCAUCUUUAGCCCCCGCCGUGUAGCCUGGGCUUUGCUCCUGCCAUCCUCGCUUACGUUUCAUCUCGGAGCGGAGCAGCCCGAUCAGCUCCGGACGCGAACCCGGCGACGUGUGGU